AUGCGCUCCGACAUAGAAAAUUAUGUUAAAAAUUGUAAGUUGUGCCAAGUAAAUAAACCACUAAAAACAUGUAAUAAAGCUCCAAUGGUGAUAACUUCUACAAGCACAAAACCAUUCGAAAGAUUAGCUCUAGAUAUAGUCGGUCCACUACCCGAAGCUGGUUUGCAAAAUUUCAAAUUCUUAUUAACCCUACAAGAUGACCUAACCAAAUUUUUAUGUGUAUAUCCAAUGGUAACUUCCAGCAGUGACGAAGUAGCUCGUACAUUAAAUGACUGGCAUUGUUAUUUAGCCACUGCAAUAUUUUCCUAUAACACCACCCCUCAUACAAAUACUACAUAUACACCCUAUGAAUUACUAUAUGGGUAUAAACCAACAAUACCUAAUUCUUUAUAUAAUACGAUUAUGAUACAACUUAUCAUGAAUACAUCCGCGCAUUACAAUAUCGCAUGA